GACCAUUGUUUGAUCCCCGUCACAUGAAGCAGCCUCGCGCGCGCGUCUCUGUUGACGCGUGUCACCGGCCACCUUGUGUGUGUGCACCGCCCAGUACGCACUGCAGUCCCAUGGCCUCGGAUGGGUCACAUUGUGCGGCGAUACGACAACGCUGGCGGCGGCCGUUCGGUUUUGACCUGGUUUUAGACGGUCUCCUGCAGUAAGACCAACUCGGUCCAGAGAAGGCUUUUUGGUAGACGGCCAGUUACUUGCACUUCGAACGUAAAGCGAAGAGACUCAGCACAGGUAAGUACGUGAUCCCAUUCGAACUUCGCAGCAAACAUGAAAGGACCCGGCUACGCGACGUGGACAAUUCUUGGAGUGGUGACAAUUGUACAAGGCAUGGGCUGGAACCACGACCUGUCGCGACCCGUGCGCGACGACUGCUGCCGGGACCCGGACAAGUGCUGUCCGUACGGCUACCGGUGCGACAUGCGGUACCGAAACUGCGUGCGAAUCACCGGCGACGCCAAUCCGGUCUACGCGUCCACCUCAAUGUCCAGCACGCGCACCCAGCCCAUCAGCAACUACGCGACGGGCACUCGCGGCUACUACUCUUCCUCGUCGUACUCCUCAACCGGACGCUACGGCGUGCCGGACCAGGGAUUCGCACUCUCGCAGAACAACUUCCUACGAUCGGACAACUGCCCAACUGGCACGUACUGCUGGGACAUCGACACCUGUUGCCUCAUCACACACGGCUACAACAACCUGUGGACGCGAGUGGAAUCCACCUGCUGCACGCGCUACAACAGCCCAAACUGUCAGAGGGUUCGCGGCUGCAGAGUAACCAUGGGUGACCAGAGGUACAAGUCGUACCGGGAGACUUUCACUCGCAGACCGGCCUACUACGGGGCAGCGCACCAGACGGCCGUUCCACCGGCUGCAACUGUGCUGGCACUUGCAGCAUCGCUUCGCGGGCUUGCGCUGUACACUUCCAAAAUGUGACAAAUAAACUUUGGGGAAGGGCCAGAGGGAGAAGUCCCAACAUUCCAGAGGUCAUUCUGG